GGAGUCCCGAAUUCAGGAAUUUGAUGUUUGCUUUUUUAGAAAAUAUGGUGAAAGAACGCGCAGCUUACUCCCGCGCAGAUGAAACCCGCAUGUGGAUGUUUUUAUAUGAACAACUGCGAAAAGGAGUGCCUGCUGCAUGGCAGCCCAGGGGUCUUGAAAUCUGGAAAAUGUUUGCGCUAGAAAACGAGGGAAGGACAGCGGAUAGUUUAAAUUCCAGGUUUCGUAAAACUACGGUAAACAGGCUUCACGAUGCAAAUCUCCCAUGUCAUAUCAUGAUGUAUCUCUACUUGCGCUACCAGAUACCUAUGGACAGUGAUGUCAAAACCGCACUAGAGCUGAAAUUCCAAAUAAAGAUCGAUUUAAAGCCUUCGGGGACCUUGAAGGCCUACAAGCGAGUUUCACGAGAAGAACGGUGGAGACCGAUGGAGACUCCGACUUCAGAGAGCAACGCUUUAGACGAUGAGAAUCUGGCGCAGCAGGUAGUUGAAGCUCAUGAAGUGCCUCCGCAGUCGUCGGUACUCCAGGUGGAAGCAAGUACCAGCGCAGAAGUGGGACAAGCUGAAGGACCUUCCGCUGGGCCUGGUCAGACCCCUCCAAGUGGUGAAGCCAUCGUAGUGGACGAUGUUGUUGUCUCGACAACAAGCGACUCGUGCCAGAAGGCUCUUGAUCGAUGUUUCGCUGCUUACGGAAUUGAGAAUUCCUCCAGAGAAGAGAACGAUUGGCGCAGUUCUGAGAAGGUCAUGUUCCUAACUUCUAAGUGGCAUGAGAAAAUGAAAGAAGUGGUUGCAUCUUACGACCUUACGGCUGAAGGUACCGAGGGCAUGAUUGAUGUGGUAUCGAGAGAGCAGAAGAGAUUACUGCUCGAGUCGAAAUAUGAGUCCGACUAUCUACACUCUCUGCUCUCUAUCAAAUCUGUCGUCAAGGGGGAGUUAGAUAGAUUAAGCGCAGCGUUUCGCUCUCCAUCGCAUUCUCGUCCUAUCGUAAAGCUUCCUGAUCAAGGCUAUUCCCUUCAAAUUAGGAAUGUCUACGAAAAUAUAGGCACGGCAGAUCGUGAAGAAGCAUUGAGAAAUAUUGUGUUCAACCAUAUGUCUACUUCUUUACAUCCUGCCCACAUGGUAGCAACACUGACAGAUUUAGAAAAUGUGGAGGAGUUGGUAGCUGCAUCUUCUGCGAACAAGGAGGAUUACAAUGCUAAAAUGAAGCAAGUCGAGGAUGCUGUCAAAAAGAGGGUGUCUGCUAUUGAAUAGAAUGUGUUGAACAACUUCAGCUGUAAACUUUUUUCCGGUUCGCAUUAUUCUGCUUAUGCUUUAAUUUUGAAGUCAGCUCAACGUGUUUUUUCACUUAUCACUUGCUCUCAGUUUUAUAGGAGAUCUCCUUUUUACCAUGAAGAAAAGCUUUCUUUCCUUGGUUUAGAGAAGGUUUCAUAAAUGCUUUUGUAUUUUAACGCACUUCAUUUUUCGUUCUUUGGGGAGGGGAAGAGAACGACUUGCAUCGUGUGGGUUCC